UGUUACUACGGUUUCAAUAAUAAUGUACAAUACGCCACUGCAGAGGCACUUUGUUUGAGUGAAUCGACACAAUUACCGGACUUCCAAGUCGAGGCUACCCAGGAGAGUGUGUACGCUGCACUAGGAAGCCAAUACGGACAGCACUGGUUGGGGCUGAAGAAGGUUAGCGGGGUAUGGAAGUGGUGGGACGUUGUAACCGUAACCGGAACUGAUAUGACGUCACCAAGAUGGGAAGGAGGCUCUUCCGGUGAAUGCGCUUACAGCCAAACCAGCAAUAUGGGCGGCAAGUGGAAGGCGGUACCCCUCACAGCCUGGUACAGAGUCGUGUGUCAGGAGGCUGGAGUCCCGGCUACAACUGUUGAAUCAUCAAUAGCGACGACAGUACCAACAACAACAACGUCAGUACCAGCAACAACAGCGCCAGAUGUCACAGGUGGCAACUGUCCCAAGUUCUUGUCUGAUCCUGCUCUGCACAUGACCGCCAUAGUGGGCGGGGUCUGUUACUACGGUUUCAAUAAUAAUGUACAAUACGCCACUGCAGAGGCACUUUGUUUGAGUGAAUCGACACAAUUACCGGACUUCCAAGUCGAGGCUACCCAGGAGAGCGUGUACGCUGCACUAGGAAGCCAAUACGGACAGCACUGGUUGGGGCUGAAGAAGGUUAGCGGGGUAUGGAAGUGGUGGGACGUUGUAACCGUAACCGGAACUGAUAUGACGUCACCAAGAUGGGAAGGAGGCUCUUCCGGUGAAUGCGCUUACAGCCAAACCAGCAAUAUGGGCGGCAAGUGGAAGGCGGUACCCCUCACAGCCUGGUACAGAGUCGUGUGUCAGGAGGCUGGAGUCCCGGCUACAACUGUUGAAUCAUCAAUAGCGACGACAGUACCAACAACAACAACGUCAGUACCAGCAACAACAGCGCCAGAUGUCACAGGUGGCAACUGUCCCAAGUUCUUGUCUGAUCCUGCUCUGCACAUGACCGCCAUAGUGGGCGGGGUCUGUUACUACGGUUUCAAUAAUAAUGUACAAUACGCCACUGCAGAGGCACUUUGUUUGAGUGAAUCGACACAAUUACCGGACUUCCAAGUCGAGGCUACCCAGGAGAGCGUGUACGCUGCACUAGGAAGUCAAUACGGGCAGCACUGGUUGGGGCUGAAGAAGGUCAUCGGGGUAUGGAAGUGGUGGGACGUUGUAACCGGAACCGGAACUGAUAUGACGUCACCAAGAUGGGAAGGAGGCUCUUCCGGUGAAUGCGCUUACAGCCAAACCAGCAAUAUGGGCGGCAAGUGGAAGGCGGUACCCCUCACAGCCUGGUACAGAGUCGUGUGUCAGGAGGCUGGAGUCCCGGCAACAACUGUUGAAUCAUCAAUAGCGACGAUAGUACUACCAACAACAACGACAGUACCAGCAACAACAACGUCAGUACCAGCAACAACAGCGACAGAUCCGAUAUUAUUUAUGUCACAACCUUCAACAACAACGACAGUACCAGCAACAACAACGACAGUACCAGCAACAACAACGUCAGUACCAGCAACAACAACGACAGUACCAGCAACAACAGCGACAGUACCUUCAACAACAACGACAGUACCAGCAACAACAACGACAGUACCAGCAACAACAACAUCUGCUGUUCCAGCAUCCUGUACUCGCUCCUUCGACGGAGGCGUGGUAGCAGCGACGUUCAAUAAGUGCUCGACCUUAACCGGAGUUGAGGAAACGUCCGUUAUGACCUUGACCUCUAUCACACGUUGUGGCCGAACAUGUGCCGCCAAAGCCGAGUGCUGCUCGUUUGUCUUUGACGUCACAACAAAAGCAUGUCGUCACUUCCGGCCAGCGUUGCUUGGCACUGAUGUCAUCCCUACGUCUUUAGAAAAGUGUUACACCGCUGUGUAGAGAAGCUUCAGUCUGUGUGUAGCUGAGUGGAUGUUCCAACGUUUUCAUCUUGUUUGUCAUUUUCUGACUGUGACGUCACGGAUGACGUCACGAAUACGCUAUACAUUGGUCGUUUGGUUGGUUGAAUGUAUACAGGGGACACAUCAUGACUGUUUUGUCAUAACGGAUAUUGAUGCAUUGUCCUGGACACAUUUAAAAGCGAUCCAAUCAUCACAGUCUAAGUCAGUCAACAAAGAGCAUAUACUUAAUGUUCUGCAACAUGUUCGCCUCGCUGAUAGACGAGCCGUCCCUAGCAAGACCGAGAAUCAACAUUUCUUUCUGUCGAAAACAUCAGCACAUCUCGGUGGCCAACAAAGGCAGACAACUCUGUUCUACAAUGAGACCCCACAGGAAUGUUCAGGCACUCAAACA